AUGCCAAGUGAUUACAAUUCUGGAUCAACUACUAGAAACAGUUCAAAUAAGUCGCUGUCCACAGCUGUAGCCGAUGUUUCAUCGGAGAUGCUGUCAUCAAGGACUAAUGUUACUAAAUCAAGUAUCGAUAAUAGCGAUUCAGAUACUCCUGAGGGUCAAAGUUUAAACAAGUUACUUCGACAAAGAACAAAUAAUUUGAUUGAGUUAUAUUGUAUUUCCCGAUUGCACGAUCUACUCAAUAUCAAUGAUGAAGAUAAGUUUAAAGAAGAUUUGAAAGAAUUCUUAGAUACAAAUGAUUAUAAUAAAAAUGGUCCAUUUAACAAUGAUAAUAUUCCAAACUUUAGUCAACUGAUACCCAUUACAUCGUUAUCAUCGGCAACAUCACAAAGUUCGAGUUCUAGUUCUUCACCACCAUACAAUGAAAGUAUAACGAACAACAAUGUAAUUGUAAAUGAAAAGAGGGGUAAGAAUAUACGACAAAAUAAAGUUAGUAACGCAUUUAAAACAUAUAAGGACCAAUCAACCUUGAUACCAAGCACCAGUGGCGAUUCUAAUGCUAAAAAAAGGUCAAUAGACGAAUCAAAUAAUGACCUAAUACACGAGCAGAACGAGGAGGAUAACUAUAAGAAGACCAAACUACAGGGUACUACAAAUUCAUCAUCAUAUGUUAUUUCGAGUACAGGAGAAAUUCAACAAACUACCAAGAUUGUCACAAAUCCAGAUGAUAAUAAAAUCAUUCAGAAUAAAGAAAAAAUGGAGGGAGCAAGAAAACGUAAUCUGUAUUUAAUGAGUGGUUCUUCUCAUUUACAACCAUCUAGCACUUUAGAUCAUGGAAUACCGAGAGAGUAUACUACUGUAAGUUCAGUAAAAGCUGAACCAACUCCUGUAACGAUAACACCAAAAUCAUAUUCAAACAACAUGUUAUUUGAGAUGAAAUCAAAACACAAUGAGUCAGUAGAUUUCUUUGACAAAAAUAAUAUCAAUAGUAAUGAAUCAAUCUAUUUAUUAAUGAAAGAAAAUGUUCCUUCCAAAAUUCCACAAGCUCUGCCUCUUGCAGAAUUGAAAUACUUGGCGCAUACUUUGCCGUUAAUCAAGUUACUGCCAAUGUCCCAUAAAGCAUUGACAACUGAUAUAAUCAGCAGUGCAUUGAAUGAAGGUAGAAUAACAGUAGUGGCAUCGAGAAUAGAAGAGCUUCGGAGACUUGGUUUAUGGUCGCUGAGACAACCGAAAAAAUUUAUAGACCCUUGGGGAAAUCAAGUUACUCAUAACAGAGUAAUGUUAGAAGAAGCAAAAUGGAUGUAUGAAAAUUUCAAAGAAGAUAAAUAUUAUAAAAUGGCUAUGUGUGCUACAGUUGCUCAAGCAAUUUCUGAUUACUGGAAUUAUGGAAAAAGAUGUUGCGUUAAAGUACAACCAAUUCAACACCUACCAUCUGUUAGAAUAGAAAAAGAAGAAAUCAAAGAACUUUCAAAGUGUGAUGACAAUACUAAUGUUGCAAAGGAUGAAUUUAUUAAAGGGGAUCAUGGAAACGACAAUACUAUUACCGAGAAAGAUACAAAAGAAAAUAAUCAUAGAGGUGAAAUAAACAAUAAUGAAAGUGAAAUAACUGAUGAGAUAUCACGAUCACUUGAAAUUGAAACCAAGGAAAAUAUAAUCGUAACACCAACAUCAAUAAAUGACAAUUUAGAAGAUGCCGUUGCUAAUGAACACAAUAAAUCAAAAUUAGACGGUAUUCAGAAGGAGAAAAUACAAUUGAAUGAAGAACCAGAAAGUAAGUCUUUAGAAUUGGAUUUGAAAACAACGGAAAAUGCCCCAGAGCUGUUAUCAGACAUAGAUUCUGCUGUCCCUGACAUAAUUUCUGAUGAAUCCACAAAUACUAUUGCAAUUGAAUCUAAUCCUCAAGCCAUUUUUAACCCAGAGGUAGAACUUGAUACUUUAUCGAAAGGUGAUCAAGAUGAAAAAGAAAUUGAAGAACAAUUUACUUACUCUCCAUUUAAACUAUUUUUACAAUAUAAUGAAUUAUCCUCUUUGGAACAAACCAUUGUACAAGCAGCAUCACCGUACUCCGGUUUACUUGAAUCUGCCAGUCAGUUACCUGAUCAAAUGUCCUUUGUUCAAAUAUCCAAAUCUUUGGUAACAUUAGACGAUGAUCAUUAUUUUAAGAUAGUGGAGCGCCAACUAGUAGAUGAAGAACAGUCUUUAGUUCAGUUAAGCAAAAGACGUGGCAUUUUCUAUGGAAACAGGCGAAGUCACUAUUUAAAACCGCCUGCUGCGCCAUCUUUAAAAUACUUAACAAGUAGGACACCAACUAUUUGGCUACCAGAAGAUGAUGAAGAAUUAGUGAAAAAUAUAAACGCUUAUGCUUAUAACUGGGAGUUGAUUGCUGCACAUAUGUUUCCACAUCCUAGAGAUUCUUACAUUUCGAAUAUUGAAAGGAGAACUCCAUGGCAAUGUUUUGAAAGAUUCGUUCAAUUAAAUGAAAAGUUUAACUUUAAUGAUCUAAAAGGUCCUAAGGCCCACAUGGCACAACAGUGGCUGAUCGAAGCCCAUAAGUUCCAACAGAAACAGAAUAGAAGAAUCUCUCCUUUGGGAGUUGGAACAGAAUCAAUCCAAAGAGGUCAUAAAAGAUUACGUUGGGCAAGUAUGUUUGACGCAAUUAGAAAAUGCAUAAAGAAAAGAGAAAAUAGCCCAAGGCCCAAUCCAACCCAACAAAGGAAGCCUUUAGAUAUUAAAAGCAUGAAAGUACCAACUCCAGCUGAAAUGUCAAAUUUGAAGUUACAAAGAGAUGAAGCCUUACGUAGAGAUAUACAAAUGCGCCGUAAUGUAAAAAGCAGACUUCAACAACAGCAACAGCAACAGCAGCAACAUCAACAAGGACAGCAACUACAGCAACAACAACAACAACAACACCUACAACAAAAGCAAAUUCCAUUAGCAACUCAACAAGUUCAAACUUCAAAUUCGGAGCCUCUAAACAACUUCACCAAUAAUAUUAUCCCAAAUAACUCCUCUAAUGUUAAUGUUGUUAAUCAUAUUUCACAAAAUAGUCAAAAUUUUUUGCCACAGCAGUCCAAUAUUUUAGCUGAAGGUGUGAAAGCCACACCUCAACAGAGUAUGCCAUCUUCGAACCAGGUUUCUUCUGCUCAUACCACGGGUCGAAAGCAGUUUACAGAGAAGGAAAUAAUUGAAACAUAUGCAAGAAAAAUUUUGCAACAAAAACCAGAAAUAACACCAGAAAUGGCUAUAAGAGCUGCCCAUAAUUAUUUGAAAAACUUCAAACAACAACAGUUACGUUUACAUCAAGCACAGCAAUUACAAACGCAAACUUUACAGAAUGAGCAGGCUAACCAAGCAAUGAAUUCAGGUAAUCAAGGAGGAACUGGUCAGAUAUCAGUAAAUAAUAUGAAUAAUCUAAGAUUAAGCCUAGACUCUGGCCUAUCUCCAAGCUCUCAACUGAAACAGUUGUCUUCCAAUAUGAAUAAUAAUAAUGGUUUCAACUUACCAGAAACCCCAAAUAUUCAUCUCAAUAACGGUAAUUUCACAAGCAGCUCGUCUAAUAACCAAUCAAUGAACUCUCCAACUCCACAAGAAAUUUUACAAAGAUUACAGAAGUGA